GCAAACAGCAGUUGCCUGGGAACAAGAGGAAACAAAUCCCAUGUCUCGCAAAGUGAGUCUGUCCGACAGACAGCUACUGCACAACAUAUCAGCUUUUCCCUGUCUGACUUUGUUCUGUAUAGUUCUUAUUUACAAAUCUCUUCAGGUAGCAUCUUGAUGCAAAGUGAAAUUCUCAGGCUGGAGAAAUAAAUGCGAGGCCCUUUUUUGUCUUCCAUGUUACUCAGUGUGCUGGAUCUAAGGAUGCUGACUCAAUAGUGCUGCUGGCUGGACUGUGUUGGGUAACAUAAUCUUUCAGACGGGUUCCCACUGUCAGCUCCUCUGUCACGGCGCAUUCCUGAAUACUGUUAACUACAGUCCCCUUUGCUGUUCUGUGACUCCCUGCAGCAGAAUGGCCAAGGGAAAAAAAAUUAAACAGGCUAAAAGUAAGACCAUCACCUUGAAAGAGGCUCAGAACUGUGUGGAGUUGACUCUGGAUGGUGUACGUCGUCUGAACCUCAGUUUCAAGGAAGUCGCCACGGUGCCGAAGUGCAUCCAGAAGCUGUGUGAAAUGGAUGAACUGGACCUGAGCAGGAACCUGAUUGCAAAGGUCCCGGACUUUAUUGGCAAUUUCAUCAGAAUCCGUGUUUUGGAUCUGCACAGCAAUUAUCUGGAGGAGCUCCCCGUGACAAUUGGACGUCUCCAGACCCUGCUGGUUUUGAACCUGUGUAACAACCGUCUGACGAGCCUCCCCAGCGAGAUCGGCCUUCUGAAGAACCUCCAGACGCUCAACCUGGGUAUCAACCAGCUGGAAAGUCUUCCGUCCUCCAUCUCUGCAUUAAAAGAGCUCCGCCACAUCGGCCUAUCUGACAACCGAUUCACCCGGUUCCCUGGCUGCCUCCGGAAGCUGAGCAACCUGGAGAGGGUCAACCUGGACAGGAACCCAAUCGCCACUGAGGAGGUACCCAGCAACGAGUCCCUGAUGAUGGCAGAGAGGCUUUAUCUGGUCCAGGAGAGUGACUUGUGUGAGGACUGCCUGAAUAAGUGCCAAACUGAGAGGAAGAAGGUGGAGGAUGUAGAAAACAGGAAGGAGACAUUACUGGGUAUACCCAACUUGGUGACCCAGAAAGACGGAGAGAGGAGAUGUAGAGAUGGAUUUCACUUAAAAAAACACACAUAGAAAAUGUCUUUUCAUUAUUUAUUACUCUUUUUAUUUGACCAAACUGUAAAUUCAAGCAUACUGUAAUGUACCCUUGAUAGUAAAGUGGUUUAAGUUGCACUACAGCACUAUCUGCUGUUUUGAAACAUACAGUAAGGAGC